UUGCAUACCCUCCGCGGGGAAAAGCGGGGACGGAUAGGUGGAGGAAUCGGGAGGUCCACCGUCCAUAUGCGCUAGAAUAGCACGAAUUUCGACUUCAUGACUAUUUCAUACGUCCGAUUGGGAGAGUUCGGACCGAUGUCAUAAGGACUCUGAGGCUGCAGCAGAGAAUGGGAAUAGGGACACAGGCCAAGGCUUGCCAUUUUGGCUGAAGUAACAGCAGGACAGUUGUCAUCCGCACAUCGGCUACCACCCCCCCCCCCCCUCCCUUUUCCCUUACCUCUCCUUACACGCGUACAGACGGACACACAUACACACACACACACACACACACACAGACACACACACACCCACACACCCACACACAGACACACCCUCCCCCCACGGCACAUCUACCAGCAGCCGCCGAACAACCCCACGGUCCCUGCUAUGUCCACUGCCGUAGACAUCGCCGGCCCUUCCUCCCCAGACCAGGGCACCACCAGCUGCGCCAAGAUCCCCAACGAGCCCCUGCGCCGCAGCCUGAAGCGCUCCAGCCACCCCUACACCCUCUCCCAGUACAUCUCCACCCCCAGCGCCCCCGCCCCGGUGGACGUCAGCAGCCUCCUCCAGUCCUCCUCCCAGGAGCAGCAGCGGUCCAGUCAGGCCGGCCCGCCCAGCAAGCCGCGCCGGGCCCCCUGCUGGCCCGACAUGUGGGAGUCCCCCAGCGGGCUGCACCUGGCCCAUGCCGCAGAGCUGCUGAUGCGGGCGGGGCUGCUGGCGCUCAACCCCUCCGCCGAGCAGGCCGCGCUGGUGCAGCCCGGCGGGCAGCCGGCGCGCGCCGAGGCCCGGGCUGAGAAGGGAGGAGGAGGAGGAGGAGGCGAGGGCGGCUCGGGGCCCGAGGAGGAGGAAGAGGAGGACGCGCUCAUGGGAUGUGGGACUGAGUUCCAGCCCUUCCUGGGCGCCUGGUUCCCCUUCAGCCCGGCGUUGUUCCCGUUGGCCGCCGGCUUCCAGAUGGGCGGCGCGGCGCACUGGCGCAGCGCGGCGGCGGCGGUGGCGGCGGCGGCGGCGGCGGGCGCCGGGGAGGGCAUGGAGGGGCUCGUGGCGGAGGGCUACUCCCCCGGCUCCCUGGGCGCUGGCGGGGGCGGGGCCGGCGUGGGCGGCCGCAGGAAGAGGAAGCGCUGCGGGGAGUGCGUGCCGUGCCGGCGCCAGCGUAACUGCGACCAGUGCAGCAGCUGCCGCAACCGCAAGCGGGGACACCAGAUCUGUAAGUACAGGAAGUGCGAGGAGCUGAAGAGGAAGCCGGGCGGCCCCGGGUUCGACAGCAGGGUGCCCGGGUUCGACCUGAGGGGCUCUGAGUUUACUUUGGGCCUGGCGCAGGAGAGGGCCCACGCCGCUCUGGACGGGUAGCCCGCGGCGACGGGACGCACGGGGGCGGCCGGCCGGUCGCGGUGGCGGCGGCGGCGGCGGCGUCACGGCUGGAUGACGGUUGGGGGAGGGGCUAGAGCACCAUGGGUGUAGGACGGGAUGGUGGCGGCUGGGAGGAGGUCCACACACCCACCAUCCUUUCUUUUGACAAUCAGCGACUUUGGAGUGGAGAGGUUAGAGGAUACCGGCGCGUGUCCAUAAGGAAACCAUUACAAAACGUGUAAAUAGUCUGUAAAUAUCUGGCAAAAAAACAACAAUAUGUCUUUUUGUUUUCUUUUUACAUCUCUUUCCGGUUUGGAUGUAUUGUGUUAUGAGAUUAAAAUCGAGCCAAAUGCUUUUGUUUUCUUUCUUACGGGGAGUUUUGUUAAAAUGUUAUUCUGUUGUUCUGACGUCAAAGCAUCGGUAAGAGAUGAGUUCAGACGUAGGAUAAUUGAUUUCACGUGCAACUUGUACUGUAUAGCGCUGUUUGGCCUUUUCAAAUAAAAUAAAGAAAUUGAUCGUUUCUAAUUGUCUUCGGGGUGGUUGUGUACUUCAGUGCACACCGGUAACCUACGUGUUUGGUGUGAGUCGGUGAGCACUUGUGCGCACACGUGUGUGCGGUGUGUGUGUCCCCCUGUGUGUGUCUGUGUGUGUAUACGUGAGCGUGAGUCUACGGAUUAUGACUCACCUAAUGGUGUAGCUGCGCUCCUUAUCACAGUGCCACAGACACACACAUUCACACACACAGACACACACACACACACACACACACGCGAGCACACCUACACACUGCUGUGGCAGGUUGGCUGCCAUUGAGCGUACACGAGUACGAGCGACGUACGCACGCGCUCCGAAACCUAAAACAAGGCAAAUAUUCACAAAUUCUAAAACUAUUCCAUCUUUUAGUUUUUUUUGUG